CUCUGCCGACUUCUGAUGAAUAGUUGAAACGCGGCGUUUAUCAUUAUCGCACCCACACUGGAAACCGGCCAAAAUUCAACCAAGUCGGGCCACGAAAUCUUUAUCUACGAGUUACUCACCAUUCAAGUACUCAAGUUCGCCAUUCACCGACCCCACUUUCCUUCAGUAUGACCGUAGUCUCAAAUAGUCCCACCAUGUGGCCGUCUAUCGGAUUUGAUCGCGCUGAAAGCUAUUAUACAGUUGUGUCCACUGUUGCGGUAAUAUACGACUGGGUACUGACAUUCGAUCAAGAGGUUGAACUAGUUUGGAAGCGACGUUGGUCCGUCAUGAGUGUCUUAUAUCUCGCUUUGCGCUAUGGUGGAAUAAUAUACGCUGUCCUUGAUGUGCCGGCAAAUAUCACGACACUCUACUUGACAGAUGCUGUGAGCAUUUUUUUCGAUUUCCAACAAUGGUGGGUGUUUAUCAUCGCAAACAUCAUCCUGGGCGUGAUCAUGAUUUUUCGGUUGCAUGCCAUGUAUCAGCGAUCGAGAAAGAUGCUGAUCUUUCUCGUUGUAUUCUUCUCUACCGUGACGAUCAUCAGCGGAGUAAUCACGGUAAUACAAAGCACACAUCUUACAGCAGAGGAGCUCGUCCUCUCUGGUAUUUAUCAGUGCGAUUACGAGGGAACUAGCCUUCCUCUAUCAGCCAUCACUUGGAUACUCGGCACUGUAUGGGAAGUUCUCGCAUUAUAUCUUUCAGUCAGGAUUGCUAUGAACCAUUUCCGUGAACGACUAUCGACAGGAUCGAUUAUUGAGGACUGUUUCACGGUGUUAAUAAAAAGUCAUGUAUUUUACUUUGCAAGCUUUGUUGCCGUUGCUUCCUUCCGCAUUAGCUUCAUCUCUCCAAAUUUACCGGUGGGCCCAUCCGUUACUGACUCGCAUCCAUCUGACUGCUCCUCGAUUGUGCAGAACGAAAGUUCUGCGGGAGCUGAGCUUUAUUACGCUGUUGCGCUACUUUCCUCGCUCUUGCAGAUGUUUUUACUGGGACCGCGCCUCGUGCUCAGCGUUCGAGAACACAGCGCUAGGCUCGUGAAUAACUUCGACGAAGCAACUGGCGUGACUACACUUGCCUUCCAGCAGAGUGCAGUCGUGUCGACUGGUGGUGGUGUGUAGUAGGGGAAGAUAUUGAUAUCUUGGCGUUGACGUAUUGUAGGGAGGCUGUUUGGAUUUCGGAGUUUCAUCAUGGUACUGAUUGAUAUGUUUGUCCAAUUAUGUUUGAGAAAUCGCCUCGCCAUAUGUUUUCAUACACAUUCAAUUAUGCUUCGAAUCUGAUAAACACACGUACCGUCGUAACAAAUAUUAUGCUGGAUAUCGAGGGUAACGGCAGUAUGGAUCAGGCUGUCCAGAUCGCUGUCGUUGACAAUAUUAUCAUAUUCUAUACAAGCGGUCGCUUUAUUACA